UUGCCCCAUCGCAUCCUUCCCGUUUUUUUUUUUUUCAGUAACAUUGCGCAGAGCCACAAUAUUUGUGAUCUUCGUUGUAUGCCUGCUCACCGUUUUCAGUAAAUACUGCGAACAUUACAGUGAUCGUCUACACUUCAGAAAGGCAGUUUACAAUAAACUUAACAUAACACAUAUACAUGCGUGGAUUCCUAACAACAGCAGCGAUAUUUCCCAAGCGUACCGGAAAAGAUGGAUAGGUUUCCCAGAAAUGUAUGGAAGCGACUGUCCAACAGCGUUGAAAACCAAGGUUAACAACAGGAUAUUUCCCUCAGAAGUGAAGCGGACUCAUCCGGUAGAUAUCAUAGCCCAUGCCUCGGACUGUAAAUCUUUCAUCGAGAAGUAUGGCUACAACAGGUAUCCGGCAGCCUCGCAGGAAGAGCUCGACUUCCCCAUUGCUUUCAUCAUUCUCUUCUAUACGGACCUUGAUCAGGUGCUCUUCUUGCUACGUGCCCUUUACUAUCAGCACAACGUCUACUGCCUCAGUGUAGACACCAAGUCCAGCAUUGACACUCUGCAGGCGUUGAUCUCAGUUACAAAGUGCCUUCCCAAUGUGUUUGUGGCCAGCAAACUGGAGCAUGUGGUUUAUGCUGGAUUCUCCAGAUUACAGGCGGACAUAAAUUGUAUGAAGGAUCUACUGAGGCAUCCUGUGCAAUGGAAAUACGCUUUAAAUAUGCCGGGUCAGGAGUUUCCAUUGAGGACAAACUUUGAAAUGGUAAAGAUUAUCCAGAAAUACAACGGUAACAAUGACAUACUGGGAUUUACCGCGCCGCCCGUGAAGAUGUUUUGGUUCACCACUAAAUUUGAGUAUGUUACAGACGACAAAACUGGUAACAAAAUGCUAAUCAGCACUAAAAAGAAACACCAAAUCCCUCCACACAACAUGACUGUGGUGAAAGGUAGCGCCUACGGGACAUUCUCCAGGGCGUUUGUCCAGUUUGUGAUCCACGAUCCAGUAGCCAAAGAUCUGCUGCAGUGGGCACAAGUAAUCUAUAGCCCAGACGAGUUCUACUGGGCCACAUUACAGCACAGCUCUGUGGUUGCUGUUCCUGGUGGUUACACAGGAAAACCGGAACUGAAACCUUGGCUGACAACCUAUGCUUCAUGGAAGUCUAACGGCCCCUGUGCCACAAUCCGCAAGCACCUAAUCUGCAUCCUAACUCCCGAGGAUCUUCCUCAUCUGAUGGAGAGAAACGAAUUGUUUGCCAACAAGUUUUACAUCACACAUCACCCUGCUGCUCUCCAUUGCUUAGACGAACUCUUGUUCAACCUCACUUUCACCAGAUCUACACGCAAUAUGACCUACUACAACAGUCUUCCAUUUGCUUUAAAAGGCAAUUAG